CAAACAGUGUUGUUUACAUUUGUUUAUAUUUGUAAGAAAUAGUUAUAAAAAAUGGAGCAAAUGCAAACUACCCUAUCGGCUUUGAAAGUCCUGCGAUCGAGUGUAAGUCAGGUCUUUUAUUCCCUCGCAAGUGGCAUACGAGCAGAACACGGAGAAGAAAGUAAGGAGAACAAAUAUUUAUUGGAGCUUCAAGAACUUUUGACUAAUGUUGGCACAAAUCUUAGAGAUGUAGAACAAGCUGUGAACUCCUUGACCCCACCACCUGGGCCAUUUAGCUUGGGUAAUACAGCAUACCUUGCUCAAGAAAUUACUCAAGAACGUCAGGCAUUAUACAGUACAUUGGUUAAUACAUACAAAUGGACAGACAAGGCACAGGAAUACAGUAAUGCAGCUCAUCAAAUAUUAAGCCAAAAUUCAUUAAAACGUACUAGUAUGAGUUACAACAAUCGUCAAAAACGAAAUGCCAGACCCCAACAAGCCCACACGUAUACUCCACAACAAGUUGAUGCAGUCAUAACAAUGAUGGACAGAUUAUACAAUGACAUGUCUAUAACAAUCACGAGACCCUACACAACAAAUGUAGUUCUUCACAUAACAUUAGCCCAUGUUUUCAAGGCAAUGGUGUCAUUCAAAGGUAUAAUGAUCGAAAGAGUCGUUGUUAAGGGCUUCAAUGAACAGCUCGACUUGUGGACAGAGUCGAGGUAUAAAAUAUUUCAAAAAGUGACAGAUCACGCACAUGCUACGAUGCUGCAUUAUUACAACCCAAAUUUCCCAGAAAUGGCGGUUAAGAGUUUUUUCACAUGGCUUCACAGUUACAUUAGCUUAGGCAGUGACCCGUGCAAAAGAUGUGGUGCAUAUUUAUACAAUGGUCUACCACCAACAUGGCGGGAUCAAAAAUCUUUGGACCCAUAUCAUUUUGAAUGUAAACCAUAAAAUUAUGAG